CAGGGAGGCUGCUUUUUCUAUGAGAAAAGUUUCUAUAUAGUCUGUGUUGCAUAAUGAGUAAACAGUUCAGGUGAAGAGGUCCACUUAGUUUGGAACAACGAAAGAGGAUACCAAGAACAAUCUGGAUUUAUUAUUUUAUAGCUUCAGUUAUGAGUAAUUGUAAAAAACAAAGCGAUCCUGAUCAUCUCCAUGGAUUUCUUAUUCCAUUGUAUCAUCUCAGCCAGAGGAACCACAUCAGACCCAGAGCCCAGCAGUGAUGCUGGCGAUGCAGCACUACAACUCCUCAGGUACUAUUGCCUCCUUUCCCGUCUCUAACCACACCACCAUGGUGCAGGGGUUUGAGGUGAAGGUUGUAGCACAUAAUGCCACGCUUCCACUGAGCAACCCCACAGCUGCUGGCCUCACCAUGACUCUGGGCAUUCUGUUCAACGUGGUGGCCCUCAUCAUUCUUGCCAAGGCUUACAACCGCUUCCGUCGGCGGUCAAAGGCCACUUUUCUGCUCUUUGCCAGCUCCCUGGUGGCUACAGAUCUGGCUGGACAUGUUAUCCCUGGAGCCCUCGUGCUGAGAAGAUAUUCUGCAGGCACUGGGUCAACAUCUGAUACUGCCUCCAGCUUUAGAGGUGAUCCAGAUGCCUCUUGUCUCUUUUUGGGAGGUUGCAUGGUGUUCUUUGGCCUGUGCCCACUUUUCCUGGGUUGUGCCAUGGCUGCUGAGCGCUGCUUGGGCGUCACAAAUCCUUUGCUGCAUGCACGUCUGGUGACCACAGCACGGACAAGGUUGGCACUGACCUUCAUCUGGCUACUGGCUUUAUGUGUGGCCCUCCUGCCCUUCUUCAGCCUGGGUGCCUACACCUAUCAGUACCCAGGGACAUGGUGCUUUAUCAGGGUGAUGGAGGACACCAAAGGGACAGAUCUGGCCUUUGUGAUGCUAUUCUCUGGACUGGCUAUGAGCUCUCUGGCCUUGGCCUUUGUGUGUAACACCAUCAGUGGGAUCACGCUUGUGAGAGCCCGGCUAAAGAAGAGUUCCUGCUCCCAACGCCGCUUAUCCAGGUCUCAUGACACGGAGAUGGUGGUCCAGCUGGUUGGCAUUAUGGUCACCUCCUGCAUCUGUUGGAGCCCUCUGCUGGUCUUUGGACUGAUGUCAGCCACACGGUCCUACAGUGGCUCCCUAAGCAAUGACCAAGACACUUACAGGGGGCUGAUGGUGACGGGUGUCAGGAUGGCAACUUGUAACCAGAUCCUGGACCCUUGGGUCUACAUCCUGUUGCGACGUGCUAUCCUCAGGAAGAUCUACCGCAUCACUAAAAGGCAGGCCAGUUUCAAGGGAAGCAUGUUUCGCUCCCUCCGCUGGGAUGUCAGCUCCUUUCAGAGCUCAGAGAAAAACAGUGUUAAUAAGAUUUAAGGGAGGAAGAAAGGGGAAAUGGCAUCUAUCUCUUUUUAAGAGAUGCUCUGUCACUUGCCAGUAGGAUCAGUGCUGAACCUGGCAGCUUUUCCUCCUGAUCAGAAUUCAGUGAUAAAAGGUCCUGCACGAAAAGAGAUUUCUUUCUUGGCAAGUGGGAAUGGAGCCACUUAUGUUGGUAUGUAUGAAGUGGUUAAAAAUUGAAAACAACAUGUUCAGAAUUUGAAAUAUCACUGACCAGCUAAUGAUAACUUCUUAGGUUGUUGUAUGUAUGAGCUAGUGAUAUGCUACAAAUGGAAAAAGUCCUAACUUAUUAUAAACUGCUAAUAGUGUAUGACAACAUUAAAACCGGUAACUGGUUCUAAUGUUGUAGCUGAUCGGUGUAUAUCAGAAUGCAACAUGGCCAAUAUACUGGACAUGUUUGGGUGGCAGUCUGCCCUCUAUGAGAGCAGAUGUAAAUAUGAAGGUUUUUGUGUGCAGGAGUAUGUUGUACUCAUUUUUUUGCUGAAGUGAGGACUGUAUCUGGUCUUAAAGCAAACAUCUCAACUCAAAAGGUUUUGUCUGUAAAUAUGCUGUUCGUUUUGUUCUCCGACACAAAGUAAAAGUCAAAGACUUGUGUAAAUGCUCACAUAUAAGAAGAAGAAAAGGCUGUGCUUUUACCUCAGCUUGAAGAUGUGAAAAACACCAUGUCUUUAUCCAAACAUGGUGUAAUGCUUUGAUAUGAAUGUGAAUGUGUGUCUAUAUUGUGUGUUUGUUAAUGUAUCUAGAGUAUUUUCCCCAAGUGUCUGGGGACUGAAGUGAAGCUAUGUGUUGCAAAAGCUAAUUGAACGUGAUAUUGUCAAGAAAGGAAA